CUUCCUCCUCCGUUAAAUCAUCAGUGGGCUCUUCGCCGCCGCGGCCGUGCUUUUUCGUUAUACUAUUUGAUAUCUCCUUCUUCCUUCCUACCCUUUCUCUCUUUCCAACAAAAUCGCGAAAAUCUCUUCUUCCAGCUCCAUCGCCAUCGCCAUGGACGCGAGCCAGCUCCCCUUGGAAUCGCUCCUCGCCCGCGACGCCAGCAAGCGAAAGAGGGUGAACAGGAACGCCAAGCUCAAGCAGUUCAAGCUGGAUGCCCGGCGCGAGCAAUGGCUCUCUCAAGGGAAGCUUGUGGCGAGCUUGUCUCCGAAUUCCGUGCUUGAGAGCCCAUCGCCCAAGUUGGGCGAGGAGCAGCACCUCCACGGAUCGAGCACCGGAGGCGACAGUGACGCCGAGUCGUGCGUGAUCAACCACGACGAUCUGUGCGACGUCAGAGGGGCGUGGUGUUGGAUCCUCCCGACAUGAGCAGCAAGGGAGGGAAGAGAAGAUCUGGCAGGAAAGGCAAGAGCAAGAGCAAGA